GCGAGAAAAUUCACACGGCCGAGCUCUCCUGCUCUCUCUCAAUUAACUUGUCGGAGACGGAAAAGCGGAGUUCGGCGGCGGCGGUGGCGGCGGAAGAGAGGGAGGAGAAGGAGAGGAAGGGUUGUGACGGAAGAGAUCGCGGACGUCCGGGCGGCCUGAGGCCGGGAUCCGACGGUACACCGGAGGGCAGCGAUCAUUGUGGGGAGAGAGCAGAGACCCUAGGAAAGACCCCCUCUUUAUUGUCAUCCCUCUGUGCGUGCACUCCGUGUAUCCAAGGUUUCCAGCGGGCGGAAGAGGAGGAGGAGAGGCGCCGGCGAGGAGGAAUGUACGUGGCCCCAUCUACCCGGGACCCGGAUCCGUCCGCCGCGGGGCCCCGGCGAGGAGGAAUGUACGUGGUCCCAUCUACCCGGGACCCGGAUCGGUCCUCCGCGGCCGCGGCGGAUGGCGAGGCGCCGAGGGUUUACGAGGUCUGGAAGGGCAGCAACAAAUUUUUUCUUGGAGGGAGGUUUAUCUUCGGACCUGAUGCAAGAUCACUGUUUCUCACGAUGUUCCUCAUUAUUGUACCCAUGUCAAUUUUUUGCGUAUUUGUCGCUAGAAAACUAAUGGAUGAUUUUUAUCAUCAUUCGGGAAUUUCGAUAAUGGUAAUAGCUGUUGCUUUCACACUAUAUGAUAUAGCUCUUCUACUUCUUACAUCUGGUAGAGAUCCGGGUAUAACACCUCGCAAUGCACAUCCUCCAGAACCUGAAGGCUAUGAUGGUAAUACUGAAGUUGGGGGUAGUCAAACUCCACAUUUACGUUUACCUCGAAUGAGAGAUGUUGUUGUCAAUGGGAUCACUGUGAAGAUCAAAUACUGUGAUACAUGCAUGCUCUAUCGACCUCCUCGCUGUUCUCACUGCUCAGUCUGCAACAACUGCGUGGAACGUUUCGACCAUCACUGCCCAUGGGUUGGGCAAUGCAUAGGGCUUCGAAACUACCGUUUCUUUUAUAUGUUUGUCUUCUCAACAACUCUACUCUGCAUCUUUGUUUUUGGAUUCUGCUGGGUGUAUGUAAUUAGAAUCAAGAAUGCUGAGCAAAUAUCUAUCUGGAGAGCAUUGAUCAAGACUCCAGCUUCCAUUGUUUUGAUAAUCUAUACUUUUUUAUCUAUGUGGUUUGUCGGCGGCCUAUCUGUCUUCCAUUUAUAUCUCAUGAGUACAAACCAGACUACUUAUGAGAACUUCAGAUAUCGUUAUGACCGGCGAGAUAACCCAUACAACAGAGGAGUGGUGGCAAACUUCAAAGAAAUUUUCUUCACAAGCAUUCCUCCUUCAAAGAACAAAUUCCGGGCAAGAGCGCCACAAGAACAGGGAUUUCAAUCAAGAUCGCUGGGCGGAGGUUUUAUUAGCCCAAACAUGGGGAUACCGGUUGGUGAUCUUGAGAUGGGCAGGAAGCCUGGGACAUGGGAUGAAGCAAGGAUUGGGGCAGAUGUUAAUGAUUUACAAGGUCUGAGUGACACUGCUACUUUGGAUGGCAAGAAUGGUGGCUUUGGUGAUGCGUCCCCAGAUUUAAGCAGGCAGACCAGCCUGACAGAGGGUUUGCAAGGGCAUGCAGCAUUACACCCAAGGCGGCCGAGUUGGGGACAUAGAAGUGCAAGCUGGGAGAUGCCACAGGAAGUAUUGGCUCUGGCAGCUGGAGCUGGGGAAUCAAAUCAAGCAGGUAGAGGCAAAGUGAGUGCAGGAAAUCAGUAAGGUUCUUGCACCGAGACAUGAACCAAAGGGAGUGCAGGAAAUUGGUGAGGUUUCUGCACCUGAAUUCAGGGAUGUAAUGCAAGCCAAGCAGGUAGUGCAGUUAAUAAGGCAGGCCUGAAGCUUCCCAUAUUGUUCUUAUCUGUGGCCACUUGGGGAAGGAUCACUGUUUUGCUUGAUGGAUACCGUGAUCUUGUCUCUUUUCAAUUUCCUUUCUUCUUGGUUCUUGUUGCAGCUUGUGUUAUGGUUUUGAUUUGUGAAGUCAUUCUUUGUCGAGACUGGAAUCUAAAUUUGGUUUGAGUGGUGUAUAGAUCAAUGGAGUGGUGAUUCAGAAAAAUAAAAGAGCUUGUAUUGUUUGGUCAAUUAUUGGGUGUGGUUGAACAAAGCGAUAUCUUAUAAUCUAUGUUUGGUUUGAAA